CUCUGCAACUUGAGGAUACUUUUUUCAUCACAGCAGCUGCGUCGGAUGGCUGAGGAUGUUGAUGCUGCAUCUUGAGCGGGGAUGACCGAAGCCCCCUGGUGUCCACCCUCCUCCGAUACUCUUUGUCCUCUUUCUCCUCUGCCUCACACUUUUUUCCCCCUCGGACCUCUCUGGCAUGCGAGGGUCAAGUCAGCAGGAUUUUCCCCAUCCACCUCAAUCCUCUCUCCAACUGUGUUGUGAUCCUGUUCCUCAGUGCCACACUUGACCCGAAGGCUUUCCAGGCAAAACAAAGGGAUUAAAAUAUGAACUUUGCUCUCACCAGGAGACACAGCCUGCCGUUAAACACAACACUGUGAGAUCUGAUGAAACCGAGAGCUUGAAUUCUGAAAAUGAGUAGCUCAAACCCUCUUGUCAUGGUUGGAUGCUAAUAAACACCAGAAGACAAUGGAAGGAGAGAGCACUCUGAACUCGACUGUAAAUACCAGUUCAAUGGAUAUCCACCUGGUCACUCACAGUCUCUGGGAGGUGAUCACCAUUGCGACUGUGUCGGCUAUCGUCAGCCUUAUCACUAUUGUGGGGAAUGUUCUGGUGAUGCUCUCCUUUAAGGUCAACAGCCAGCUGAAGACAGUGAAUAAUUACUACCUGCUGAGUCUGGCAGCUGCUGACCUCAUCAUUGGUGUUUUCUCCAUGAAUCUGUAUACCUCCUAUAUACUGAUGGGUUACUGGGCCUUAGGGAACCUCGCCUGUGAUCUGUGGUUGGCACUGGACUAUGUAGCCAGUAAUGCCUCAGUCAUGAACCUGUUGGUGAUCAGUUUUGACAGAUAUUUUUCCAUCACCAGACCUCUGACCUACAGGGCCAAGCGGACUCCCAAACGAGCUGGGAUCAUGAUUGGUUUGGCCUGGCUGGUGUCGCUUAUUCUGUGGGCCCCACCCAUUCUCUGCUGGCAAUACUUUGUUGGAAAAAGGACUGUCAAGGAGAAGCAAUGCCAGAUCCAGUUUUUCUCUGAGCCUGUGAUAACCUUUGGGACAGCAAUAGCUGCUUUUUAUAUCCCCGUAUCUGUCAUGACUAUCCUAUACUGUCGGAUCUACAAGGAGACAGAGAAGAGGACCAAAGAUCUGGCGGAGCUGCAGGGGAUUAACUAUCCCACAGAUCCUGGGGUCCCCCAGCCUCAGAAGACCAUCAUCAGAUCCUGUUUUAGCUGUAAACUAAGGUCGGCUUCUCAUGAUAGGAAUCAAGCCUCUUGGUCCUCCUCCAGCAGAAGUAAUGCGGCCAAAUCGGCAGCCACCACCAAUGAUGAGUGGUCCAAAGCUGGUCAGCUAACAACCUUCAACAGUUAUGCCUCGUCUGAGGAUGAGGACAGGCCUGUGUCUCCAGGGGGCUUCCAGCCCUCCUUCAGGAACCAGGCCUGUGAGACCAUUAAGAGUGGAGUGGGCAGCGAGAGCGAGCAGCUCAGCAGCUAUGAAGAGGAUAGCUUUUUCCAGACACCGCCCAAAAGCAACUCUCAGAAGAGCAGCAAGUGUGUGUCCUACAAAUUCAAGCCAGUGGCCAAGGACGCUCACGUGGAGCACAACAGCAAAAACGGAGACACCAAAAUGGCGUCGUCGACAUUCUCCUCAGCUGAGUCCAUGAGCGUCCCGUCCACCUCCUCGACAGCUAAGCCCAUAGACGCCACGCUGAAGAACCAGAUCACCAAGAGGAAGAGGAUGGUGCUGAUUAAGGAGAGGAAGGCAGCUCAGACUCUCAGCGCCAUCUUGCUGGCCUUCAUCCUAACAUGGACGCCUUAUAACAUCAUGGUGCUUAUUUCCACCUUCUGCUCGGACUGCAUUCCCCUCUCACUCUGGCACCUGGGCUACUGGCUGUGCUACGUCAACAGCACCGUCAAUCCCAUGUGCUACGCCCUUUGUAACAAGACUUUCCAAAAGACCUUCCGUAUGCUCUUACUCUGCCAGUGGAAGAAGAAAAGGAUUGAGGAGAAACUCUACUGGUAUGGACAAAACCCUGUGGUCAGCUCCAAACUGACAUGAACUUUUAUCUUUUUUAAAGUUGGUGUAUGAUGAUGGCUGUAAAUUACAUGUUUGUAUUAAUAAUCUUGGCUUCAUGAACUUGAAUUCUACAACUAUUACAAGGAGCUGGUACAGUUUAAAAUGCUCAUUAUUCAGUAGGUCUGCUAUAGUGUAUGUUAACUACUGCUCGAACUUUGGAAAUGGACAAACAUUAUAAAAAUGGAUAUAAAAAUAGAUUCUAAGAUAUAUAGAUAUAAACAGUAUUUUUCCCCAAAAUUAAAGCUUUUAUGCUGGAUAUGUCCCAGAUUAACACUCAGAUUUUUCAUAUUGUACUGUAUUUGUACUCAAGACGCACAAUUUGAUAUCUGGAGCAUGAUAAAACUGCUCCAAUCUAAUAAUUUACAGUUUAUUGGUUUAAAAGUAUUAAAAAACACACCCCAGAUCUCAUAAUAACACAUGCCAUUUUAUUUCGUAGCUAUUGUGUUUGUAUUGAGGAUGCACAUUUUGGAAUUGCUAUUUUUAUUUUAAAGGGCUGAAAUGUGUCGUCCUGAUGUCAGAACCUGCUUGCAAAGUCAAGAUUGUAACUUGAUGAUAAUUAAAGCCUUUUCACACGUGCCAUUGUCAUUUGUCAGAUGAUUAAAUAUAUAUUCAGCUUCGUUUUUGACACAUUACAUGUUCUGCAUUUCUGUCCUGCCUAAAAUAAAAAGUAAUGGUCCCAUAAAUUAAACCCCAAAAAUGUAUAAAUAACCCCAAA